UCAGCCUAGUAGAGCCUACGGUAUUCAGAUUUUUAAAGACAACCGGGACAUUUGCAAGGACUGUUUUGUCACAUGAUCAUAAAAUGGCGCAGCAGCAGACGGCUGUGUUCCUGAUAGUGGCUCUCUACUGUAUUGUAACUGCAUCUCAGACAGUACCUGUUGUUCUUUGGCAUGGGAUGGGUGACAGUUGCUGUAACCCUUUGUCAAUGGGUUCUAUCAAAGACCUCAUAGAAAAGCAAAUUCCUGGUGUUUAUGUUCACUCACUUGAGAUAGGAAGUAGUAUUGUUGAGGAUAUGGAAAAUGGAUUCCUCAUGAACGUUAAUGACCAGGUGGAUGUGGUAUGUAAACAACUGAACAAUGAUACUAAACUGGCAUCAGGAUACAACUCUGUAGGAUUCUCUCAAGGGGGACAGUUUUUACGAGCAGUGGCACAGCGUUGUCCUUCGCCUCCCAUGUUCAACCUUAUUUCUGUUGGCGGCCAGCACCAAGGUGUUUAUGGAUUUCCCAGGUGUCCUGGAGACAACAUCACCCUGUGUAAUUUUGUGAGAGAAAUGCUUAAUUACGGUGCCUAUACUUCAUUUGUCCAAGAUCAUCUUGUGCAGGCUGAAUACUGGCAUGAUCCACUGAAUGAAGAGGAAUAUGUUCAAAAAAGCAUCUUUCUUGCAGACAUAAACCAGGAAAAGGUGGUGAAUCCUUCCUACAGAGAAAAUUUGCUGAAGCUGAAGAAUCUGGCAUUGGUCAUGUUUCUACAAGACACUAUGGUGGACCCAAAGGAAAGUGAAUGGUUUGGAUUCUAUGUACCUGGACAGGCAAAGGAAAUAAUGCCACUGACUCAGACCAAACUCUGGCUAGAGGACCGCCUUGGUCUGCAGAAGCUGAAUGACACUGGACGGCUGCACUUUUUGUCUUCUGAUUCUGAUCACUUACGCUUCACUGACACAUGGUUCAUUGAUAAUGUCAUCAACAAGUUCUUGAAGUAGCUUGAGGUUCUAUAUAUUCUGUGAUGCUGUAGCUAAGUGUUUAUUUUGACAUGGACUAUGGAUUUAUUAGCGCUGAGGCUGGGAUUCACAUCAAGUUGCAACUUAUGAGUCUGUCACAUGCAUGCAGCUUACAGGCUGAAAGACCUCAGGCUAGCAUGUUGAUCUCUGUUUCUUUUGCAUAAUGGUAGUGUCAUUUAUGUCAUACUUUCAGGGUACAAGGAGAGUUAAAACCAAUCAAAGGUCUGAAAUGCUGACGUUAAUAACUCAUAACCAACCUGACUGACGCCACCGAUUUAUAGUUUUAUCUAUUGAAUACCAGCCCUCAUGCACUAGUAUUAUUUGUAAAUCAUAAUAAUGUUUAAAUUCGAUUAAUUUUCUAGCACAUUUUUCUGUGCAGUGUUUUAACUUUUGUGUUAACAAUGUGCCUUUAUCAUAUAAGAUUUUUAAGAGGUAAAGUUACUUUGAUUCAUGUCACUGAUAAAUGUGCUUAAAACUUAACGCUAAUAACUUUUUGUUGAUUCUGUGUGACUUUUUUAAUAUAUUAGACUCAUUGUCAUGUGUGUUUAGAGAUGAAUGAUUACUUUGUGACUCUUUAUAUAUAUGGGCUCAUACGUUUGAGAGAGACUUAUGCAAAUUCCAUCACUUGAAUUUUGCAUUUGUGGACAGUGUGGUGUGCUUUUUAAGUGUUUCAUUUGGCGUUCUCAUUAUCAAGAUGUGCAGAGCUACAAAAGUGUUACAACAAUAGAAACUUAAACACAGAGAAUUGAGAAAUUGUCAGUCAAGCCACCAUGAUCUCUAGUAAAAUGUUCAGGCGGAUUAAAAAAAAAUCUUGAGACACUACUUUGCUGAGGAUUGUGGUUUGACAACAUUAUGUUGUUAACGUCAUUUUAAGGCAGGAUAAUGAUUAAUCUGCUGUAACUGACCCAUUAACUAAAAUUGUUCUUUUAUUUGAUGUAUGAUUUUUGUAGCUGCUUUCGUUUUAUAAUCACUCUUCCCAAAGAUGGCAGCUGUGCAAGCACAAGUUCACUUUGUGCAUCAUAAGUUAAGCUCAAUGCCGUGACAGUUAAAUGAUGUUUGACAUCAGCUGGUGGGCGACUUAUAUGCCCUGUGAUCGUGAUAAAUCGUUGUGACUUCAUCGUAUUUUACAGGAUUGUGUCAGAUAGAACUCAAAACUCAUCACUCAGAUGGGAAUAAAGUAUGAUACAGACUGACGCCUCAGUCCUAAAGUGGUGGUUAUGAGGUUAAUUGGGGCAUUUCAUUUAAUGAUUUGAUCUCGAUACAAGUCACACGAUCACCUUUGGAGAUAAAGACCAACCUGGACGGUUUGCGUUUUUUUCAGAUAUCAGUAGAUACAGGCGGUAUAAAACUAACCUGUAAAUUUCAGCUUCCAUCCGUUAAUUAAUUAUCCGCUCCGAUUCGUACCUGUGAUCAACGAGCGUUAAUAACAGUGUUCUACGUCACGUUGGUACACCAUUCACAACAUUGCUGGUAGUUAACACUUAUGAGCGACAGUUCGGAUUAUUCGGACGCUGACAGUCUGCAUUUCUCGUGGCUCUGAAAAACUGCUACUUAUAAAGGAAGCAAGUUGUAAUACGAUGUGUUAAUUCGCCAAGAUGGUCUAUUUCAUAUCCCCUACUCUGUUUCUUUCCAUGUUUUCUAGUAUAGUUCUGUUUAUUUUAGUAUUAUAAUUAUGUUUGGGGUUUUUGUGUGAAUAUAAGUUGGCACGAAAGGAGCCCAGGUUUAUGCUUGUAUUUGUUUUACACACGGAAUUUAUAAUUAAAUUUGCAUUAAUACCUUUUCAGUAAGGUGAUAAUUUUCUUAUCUGCUGAGAUUAUUUUCCAGUAAUUUGGAAUGAAAUCGUUUAUCGCAUUCCUAUUGCUAAAUAUUCACUUGGUAUAAUAGUAUAAUGUGCAUAUGACGGAAUGAAGAAAAACUGAUUACUAGCUGUGUGACAAUUAUCAAUUAAAAUGGUGGUUUUCUGGCA